AUGGCGGGCAACCUCGGCCCUCGUUCAACGCAUUCUAAUAGUAUCACGUCCAACACCGCAAAGCAGCAGCAGCCAGCAACACUUGCUAAGCGCCUGCUCUUUCCGCACUUGUCACCAGGCUCAGACUUGCCGCCGUUGUUUGCUUCACCAACAUGCUCACCCGAACUUAACGCGGAGGCCUAUGAUUUUCUUGCGCUUGCUUUGCGCGCCUUCGUCAAUACUUGGUGGACCAAGAUUACUCGCUAUGACAAGGAAUUACUUCCAGAAAUUACGAUUGUCCUCACGACCGUCCUUCGGACACUCGAAACACGCCUGCUAUCCACUGACUUUUCAUUAUUCAUGUUUUCAGUCGCCCCCGCUCUAAUAACGCAACACUAUCGUGACUACCGACAUGCCGCGUCCAAGGCGUCUACCUCGUAUGCAAUGGGUGGUGCUAUACCACUUCCACACCUCUUUCACCAACUGCAGCCUCACGUGGCAAUUUCUCCCGAGGGUAAAAUUGACGAAGAAUACUUUCGCCAGGCAUUCGACCAUGUACUUAGAUCAUGUCUACCUCCUCAAAAUUAUACUCCAGAGGCUGAGCGAUACAUUGUGCGUGAAAUCAUCCUCAAGGUACUAGUCAAGGAUGUUAUUCCGCGAGUCUCCCAGCCUUGGUUUAUUCAGAGAACAAUUUUGGACUUACUCGGUCCAUCACUUGACACAGACCUCCAAACGUAUCGCCACCUGUCACAUACUCAUCACGCUCAUUUUUCUUUUCAUUCCCUCCUUGUGUUCUUCCUCUCUGCUGUGCAGUCCAUCUCUGGGAUGGGCCUAGCCCUUGUUCAAACAUAUAAGCAGACGCUCAGUACCAUCAAACUCGUUAAUCACUCCACGCGCCCAACAGUUAAUCAACGACGAGCAAGUGAGCCAUGGAGGAAAGCUCGUCCAGCUCCUAUAUCGCCUAUGAGAAAUGCAAGAUCAAUCUCACCACCUUUGUCAUCAUAUGCUUCAGCAGCAUCGUCUACUCUUUCCCUGCAUGCAGAUAUUCCUCAACCCAACCCUCAACGUUCAUCCAGCCAUUAUGCUCGAGAGCCUCUCACGAUGAUAUCCGAGCUGUUUACAAUGUACGAGCGCUUUGCUACAAGCGCAGUAAUGCAUAUGUUGUGUAUGAUCUGUGCGGCCACGACUCCGCUCAUGGACCGACUCUUAACCCACUUACUGUAUACCCGGAUUCUGUGCGCGUCUUCUAUAUUAUUUGUACUACGACUGUCCAAGCAUACAUUAUUCCCAAAUGGAUACCCAGGCCCGCCUCCGAUCGAUCCCACUCCAGAAGAACAAAUUAUUAUUCACCAGCAGUUGGUUCGGCGACUGCGCGAACAGGUGCCAGCAUUUCUGGCUCCUGUCCUUCUUGGAUCAUCGCCAGAACGCACUGUUGAGGAAAUGAUCAGGCCCCUUGGCGACGCUGGGUGUAAUGCACACCUUGCAGUCUUUCUCCUGGACGCGUUAUUAUUGUCCAUUUUCCCAGAGAUGGGAGUUGAAGGGAGUGCUGGGAAUGCCGACGUGGAUGUAGCAGAAAGGUUAGAUGACGACGGAAUUCAGGACUGGGCGCCAAGGCUAAGUCGAACUUCAACGUCGGCGAUGACUCUAUAGCGAUGUCACAAUUUCUGUGCGAUUUUCCUGAGUUUCCGAUUCGGAACCACAUCGCGUAUUUGUCUAUAUUUAUUGACGUCACACGGUACGGUAUAUAUGGUCAAGCAAGAAAUUAGCGUAUUCCCAGCGUUUGUC